AUGAAAGACGCACAUAAAAAUUCGAUAGCAGCUGAUUCAUAUUCUCGUAACCGUCCAGCCCCGCUUAACACAACACCACCGGAAUCAUCCUCAUUCGCAUCACGCAAUAUUUCUACCGCUAAAGAUCAUCCAUCACAGUCUCGGUUCAGUGGUGAUCAACCUUCUUAUUAUCGAGGAUUUGGAUCAUCAGACAGUCGUUAUCCGUCUUCCAAUUUCCCUGGUGUUCCUUUCCAGUCAUCCAGUUAUAUAUCGGCAGACCGAAUUGGUUGUUUGACAGCGGUUCGAAUGAGUGCAUCAGCGAAAUUGAGUCGUUAUUUUCGACGUUUGAUUCGAUUCAAACAAAUGGACUUCGAGUUUGCUUUAUGGCAAAUGAUAUUUCUACUUGUACAACCGCAAAAGGUUUACCGAAAUUUUAUGUAUCGUAAAAAAACGAAAGACCAGUGGGCAAGGGAUGACCCAGCAUUUUUGGUGUUACUGGCAAUUGCAUUGACAAUAUCGAGUGUAAUAUUUGCAUUGGUGAUCGGAUUAUCAUUCGGUGGUUUCAUUAAGUUCAUUUUAUGGGUUGUUUUCGUGGAUUGUAUCGCUGCUGGGCUUGUUAUUGCUACAGUUGAUAUCGAAUCGAUACUUACGUCGAGUGAACGACCAAGAUGUGGAAUGGGCUUAUUGUUUCGAUGUCCAUUUGAACGCAUUCUUUCCGAUGCUCAUUUUCCUUCAUGUCAUUAUGCCGAUCACAUAUUCGCCAUUUCACUGUUUGCAGCACUCCCAAUCCUCAAAAAUACGCAUAUAUUUCUCUAUCCAAUCACGUUCAUAUUCAUUUUCUAUAUUGCAACAAUCACCGCCGGCUGGAAUAUAUCACGUACUGCAAUGUCGUUCUAUCAUUUUCGUGCUGAAAAACUCAAAUCUUAUUCUUGA